AUGAAGCCAUCCGUUCCGCUCUCAUAUUCCAUCGCCCAAGGCUCUCCUCACAGCGGCCAAUAUGCACCUGAAAACAUACUCGUCGACAAUCCAUCCGACCAAUCAAGCAGAUGGAGUGGUGCAGCAACACAUGGCGCUACAAAACAAUGGAUACUUUUACGUCUCGACUCGCUCGCUGUUGUCAAAAGCAUAACUUUUGGAAAGCACAUUAAAGCUCAUCCAUGCAACGUGAAGGAAUUCCAGAUAUCCGUUGGGAUGACAGAAGACAAUAUGACUGAAAUAUUUCGUGGCGUACUCAAGAACGACAGUAUACCCGAAACGUUCUCUAUUCGACAUACCAAUAGCUCGGGCGUGUGCUUUCCUACGUGCUUCGUGAAGAUAAUACCCAUAUCCUCCCAUUCGCCCUGGUUUUCAUCCUUCAAUAUGGUUCAUCUCCUUGGACAGGCAUCUCAGACCACGCAUAUAUCCAGAACGUCCAAAAAGAGUAUGACGAAUUUCGCGAAACAACUGCCCUCCGGCUCAUCCUCAAGCACCUCCGGCAACGCCGACUUCUCUCUCCCUACGCAACCAUCCUCGAGCGCGCCGGGCUCCGUGUUGAGCAUCCCGCUAGUGUCUGAACUUUACGAUGCUAUCGUUCUGCGCGGGAAGCUGGGACGACGCCGAGCGACUCCUCGUACAAAUCUCGGAUGCGGGGCUCUUUACGGACGGCUCCAUGGUACUAAUGCAGACGGGGACGUCCCUUGCCCUCGCGGUGGGCACGCCAUGUGUAUCGACACUGCGCGGAGCAUCAUCUACCUCUUUGGUGGCUGGGACGGCCAGAAGAGUUUGGAUGAUUUCUGGGCAUACGAUAUCAAGGAUGACAAGUGGCGCGUUCUUUGCCAUAGUACCUCUUCAGAGCAGAAUGCACCAGGGGCGCGGUCUUGCCAUAAGAUGGUGUUUGAUUCCAAGACUGGGAGUAUAUAUGUGUUUGGGAGAUUGGGAGAUGGUGAUUCGUUGAGGCCCUCUAGCGAAGCGAGGACGGAGACUGCGACUCCUUCGGCUCCUGCUGUGCCCUGUUCGGAAUUUUAUAGGUAUCAUACUCGUGGCGCGGAUUCUGGGAAGUGGGAUUAUCUGGCUUUUGAUACUGCGGCAUCAGGCGGGCCACCGCUGAUAUUUGAUCAUCAAAUGGUUAUGGAUAGUGAUGCUCAGAUUGUGUAUAUCUUUGGCGGGCGAGUUGUAGACGACGAUGUGGCUGUCAAGUAUUCGGGACUUUACAGUUACAACACCCUUCGGGCAAGAACAUUCCUUCUCGCUUCGGACAUUCAAUGGUACUCGAGCCAACGACGAAAGACGCUGUUCAUCUUUGCUGGCCAACGGGAUGAUAAGUACUUGUCUGAUAUGUAUGCCUACGACAUCGCCACCAACACCGUCACGGAACUAUUCUCGAAUUUCACUGCUUCUGGAGGACCGGAUGCAUGUUUCACUCAACGAGCCGUCAUUGAUCCUCGCCUGAAGGAGCUAUACAUAUUCUGUGGUCUUACGCGAGCCCCUCAUGCUGGUUCACUGACCGUUCUCCCAUCAGAACCGCCGAAUUGGGUUUUCCGGUAUCAUACACGACCGGGACAAUGGGUGAAAGUUCUUCCUGAACAGCAGGAGCGAAAGAGUCGCCAUCCGUGUCAAGAACCUGUUCCCCGGUAUGCGCAUCAGGUGGUGUAUGACCCAAGUACGAAGACGGUGUUCAUGCAUGGUGGGAAUGCGGGUAUCACUGGGGCUAUGGAGCGUGCUGUUGAUGGCGAGGAAGGCGGUAAGGAGACGCGGCUUGAUGAUUUUUGGCGUAUGAACCUUGUUCGACCCGCAGUCAAGGAGAUUAUACGCAGAGCGAAAUUCCGACUUCGACAACAACAGUUCCGGGAAAUGAGUGAGACAGUAUCCCAAGUAAAAGCUCUAGCGUUCUUGCAAACGGAGGUGUCGAGCGUCGUAGACCACAAUGAUCCAACAGAAACGGAAUUAUUCCGGUCCUUGCUCACGCAUCUGUUGACGCCACAGUCGCCUACGCCAGUAGCCAAAAAGUACCCGUCGGAGCACGAGGACUCGCCGCCUCGAAAGCGCUCGCGGCCAAAUACACCCGAGGAUGAUACGGACUCGGAAGAAUGGGUAUGGAGCGUCUAUCGAUUAAUGGUGAUUCGCUCCGGCAGGGCUGCGGACCCCGUCGAGUCGGAGGGGGAGAUGGACGCUGAGCGGUUUAAGCAGAGGACUGAGGUGUUUGAGGAGCUGUUGGGGUAUGUGUCGAGUGGUGCGAAGCAGCCUGGGGGGAGUUUGUUGGAUAUGGUUGAUGCUGAUUGUUUGUGA